CACUUGUGUUUGAGUAAUGGUGUGGAACGUGUGCGUGUGUUCGUGUUGUGAUUUCAUGGAAACAAUUCCAUACAUUUCGCUACAUACAGCUAAACAGCUUAUUGCCAGUUGCUAAAAUCUCAAACGCAAUAAAUACUUAUACGGAGUGAUGCUUUGAAAAUUUUUCUUUCAUUGAACGUCCUUGUUUAUAUCCUGAAAAGUGUUGCACCCCAGCCGGUACAACACGUGUAAAGUACGUCACAGUUUCGUCUACUGUGAUAAGAACGGCAGAACGGGUGUGACUUGCCGUGCCUCCGCAGUGUCCUCAGUACCGUUGGAUUCGUGCACUGGGGAGCGCGUUUAUUGAGUGAUUCGUAACGUUUUUUUUUUUAAAAUAUAAAUAGUGCUUCUUUGUUAUUUUAAAUUUGGUGCCAGUAUUUAUCUUUAUUCCGUGAUGGUAGUGCUGAACAUGGAUGGUGUGGCCGAUAUGCCAGUAAGAGACGGCGUGAAGAAACCGCUUGUCGGCGUCAUUGACGAUGGAACGAAAACCGUCAGAUUUGUGAUAUAUGAAGCUGAGCGUUCAGAAGAAUUAGCAGCAUAUCAAUUAGAUAAAACAGAAGUACAGCCACAGGAAGGAUGGUACGAACAAGAUCCGAUGGAAAUUCUGAACCACAUAAGAACAUGCUCCGAGAACGCUAUAGGACAACUGACUGAAUUAGGUUACUCCAAAGAAGACAUCGUAACAUUAGGCAUAACGAAUCAGAGAGAGACAACUAUAGCAUGGGACAAAUUCACCGGUGAACCCUUACACCCAGCAAUAGCAUGGAACGACAUACGUACAGACAGCACAGUGGACGCGAUAUUAGCCAAAGUGCCCGACCGUAACAAGAACUACUUGAAGAGCAUAAGCGGCCUGCCCAUAAGUCCGUAUUUUAGUGCUCUUAAAAUGAGAUGGCUCAAAGACAACAUCAAGGCAGUGAGGAGGGCGAGCAGGGAUAAACGGUUGCUGUUCGGGACAGUCGAUUCUUGGAUUGUUUGGAAUUUAACCGGAGGUCCCCAAGGCGGUCUCCACAUAACUGACGUCACAAAUGCAUCUAGAACUCUUCUCAUGGACCUGGAGACUUUGAAUUGGGACCCUAUGUUGUGUAGAUUGUUUGGAAUACACAGGGAUUCACUACCGCAGAUACGGAGCAGUUCGGAGUUGUAUGGUGUCGUCAAGGACGGAUCAAUUUUAGACGGCAUUAGAUUAUCUGGGAUAUUGGGCAAUCAACAAGCGGCAUUAGUGGGACAAAAUUGCUUACUAGCUGGCCAAGCGAAGAACACCUACAGAAGCGGUUGCUUCCUCUUAUACAAUACCGGGCAGAGGCGAGUGCAGUCCACGCAUGGCCUUAUUACUACAGUGGCAUACAAGCUUGGCCCUGAUGCACCUGCGGUAUACGCUUUGGAAGGUUCAAUAGCAGUGGCGGGUGGGGCCAUGAAGUUUCUGCGCGACAACUUAAAACUGAUAAACGAUGUGGUGAAUGAAACGGAGCAUAUUGCUGGGCAGGUGUUCUCCACGGGAGACGUAUACUUUGUUCCGGCGUUCAGCGGCUUGUACGCGCCAUAUUGGAGGAAGGACGCUAGAGGAAUUAUCUGCGGAUUGACUGCGUUCACCACAAAGAAUCAUAUUAUAAGAGCUGCUUUGGAAGCAGUUUGUUUCCAGACGAGAGACAUCUUAGAAGCAAUGAAUAAAGACUGCGGUAUGCCACUAUCGAAGUUGCACGUGGAUGGGAAGAUGUCUUCAAAUGACCUUCUCAUGCAGAUUCAAGCAGAUCUAACUGGAAUACCUGUGUUGCGCGCGCACUCGUGGGACAUGGGCGCGCUGGGCGCGGCCGUGGUGGCGGGCCACUGCGCCGGCGUGUGGGGCGUCGAGCGCUGGCGCCACCACGCCACGCCCGCAGACACCUUCCUGCCCACCACCACCGACGACGAUCGGAACGUGAGGUACACGAAAUGGAAGAUGGCGGUCCAACGUUCCCUCGGCUGGGCGACAACUAAAAAAUCCAUCACAAUGACAGAGGAGAGAUACAAACUUCUGGCAUCGAUUCCAGCUACAUUAUACAUAAUGGGUAGUUUCGCAAUGCUAGUCGUUUCAAAAAUGCUCAAAAAUAGUUGAUAAGCUAAAAUUAUAUUUAUCGCUUAAGUUAUUAGUGUCAAUUUCUCAAAUAUAUUUAAUCGGGAAUAGAGUAUUGAAUUUGAACAUAAAAUAUUUAGUUUCUUUGAAUUUAAUAAUACUACACGACACUGACAAUCUAUGCAAUAGAAAGCAAGAGUGGGACGGAAUAUAAUACAGACAUAUCACAGUGUUGGGUCUUAUGGCUGUCCAUCCGACUGAUUUACACUUCGACAAGUAGAGUAACGAGUUUAGUUACAGGGCAGUUGACAGUAAAUGGUUAAGUGGGCAGUAGCUUUCAAAUGUCUAUGUAACGAGUUUAGUUUAAAAAAGUACAAUUUUAUAUUUUGAGGGUCGAACGCGAACACGUUGCGUUCAGUCAAAUUAUGCGCUGAACUAAACUCGCUCGUUUCAUACGAGCAGCGAGUUUAGUAGAGGUUGGAAGACGCGCAGGAGGGCAACACUUCGAACUUAACUCGCUGAAAAAUAGCUCGGUCGGCUAUCCCGUUCAACUUAAUUGUUAAUUUGCUACUUUGCACUACUCACUGGUUGCCGUUCAAACGACAUUUUUACUAGACUUCUGUACUUGUCAAAGUGUGAAUCGGUCUGUAAUUAAAACAUAGAGUAUAUAUCUGUCUCGCUCCCGCUUUUUGUUUUAUCUCCUACUUGGUGCUGCUGUCAUCAUUAUAAUUAAAGUAUUCUUGCCUAUAAUUGAUAAAUGUAAUAUUGCAAAAUGCACAUUAUUUCUAUAUUUACUAGACAAAUUCUGUGUGUUACAUUUUUCAUUAUGGAUGCAAUAAAAUGAAUACUAAUACCACAGAUUAAGCAAUUGUUCUAAUUCUUACUCUAUGGAAGAAAGUCUAUGGGAAAAGAAACAAUAUAGGAUUUUAAGGCAAGGGCAUAUUUACUUAGUAUUUUACAUGCUUCGUCUGGUCAUUAAGUAGUCAUUAAAGCUCGAUGGUAUUUAAACAGUAUAAUCGAAUUAAUUUUUUUUAAGUUUUUAUGUAUAUAAUAUCAUUUGAUUGAUUGUAAUAUACGUUUUUUACAAUAUGAUUAUUAGUUCCCGCACAGACUAUAUACUAAUUUAAAAAUUCCACAGACCCACAGACUAAGAAAUUGUCUCAUAAGGUCUCUACGGACUGCUUUGGUACUAAUUUAACUAGGAGAAAUAUGCACAGCCGUUGGACAUGUUUCUCAGAGUGAAAUCUCAUUGGUUCAUUGUUUGUUGAUUAUGUAAAUUAUUAUUUUAUGAAGAAAACCAACCAAAAAUCAAUUUUAAUUUAAAAGUUUCAAUUAUUAUUUUUAAGUGUAUAUCAAUGCCAAAAAAACAUGACUGAGAAUUUGAGAAAAGAUGUCAACAAAAAUGUUAAGGUCCUUGAACCAAGUAAUGGGUUGUUUUCGCAUUUUGUAUACUAUAUUUAACUUGAUCUCCUACUAAACCAUUCCUUGUUUAAUGGACGACUCUCUAAAGUGGAUUGGAUGUUUCGACACCUUUUUCGGUUUAUCAACUUAUUUACGUUAAUUAUUAGCUUUAUACAAUGGUACUUUUUCCGUUACGGCUGUAACGGAAAAAGUACCAUAUUGAAGUCCAACGCUGAAUAUAGGCCUCCCCCAUAAAUUGCCUCAAAGGGGGGAUAUUUGUCAUAGUUGCCAUGCUUUGCAAGCGGGUUGUCAACGGCAGUUUAUUUAAAAUUUAAGUCGUGAUUAGGAAGACGCUGCUGCUUAUCUCCCGAUCUCUCGAAUUUGUUUCCCUAUGACGAUUAUUACAACACCCACGGGAUGAUAUGGGGUGACGGAUAUUCUACGUCACUACGCGGUAAAUACUAUUUAAUAGUACGUGAAAAUCAAAAUGUAAUCAAGUUUUAAAGUGUAAGGGGGGGGGGGGGGACAUUUCCACGUUGGUAAGCCUGGGUCUUAUUAAAACAACCAAAUAGUCAGGAUAUUGUUUAGAAAAGUUUGUGUUUCGUAUGGUGAGUGUAGAGAACCGGACACCCUUUUUACUGGAAAAGAGGCAUUCCAUCUUAGUUCUCACGGACAACGCAUUUGCAUUUUGAUUCACAAACGAAGAUAGAUGUAAAUGUCUAUGGUUCACAGCAACCACUUACCGACAGGUGGACUGUGUGAUGGCUUGUCACCCUUAUCCUAUAAAAAAAAGAAUAAAGAAAAAUGGGUGUGGAAUAAAUUAGUUCCUAAUUUGUCUCUGUAUAUAUAUACCGUGAUGUUAUAAGUAAAUAAAACACGAUGGCCACAAACUACUAAUAAUGGAGUUCUCAGUAUAAAUAAUGAGUAUUACCUUUGAAUAGAGUUCUGUGGCCACAAAAUCGCAAUUUGACAUUUCCAAAUAUUAAUUUUAAGGAUUUUUUUUAUUUGGUUUUAAAAACCUUUGUGGUAAAAGACAAAAAAGGCAUUUGUGUAGGUAAUGACAAAUUUAUACAUUUAUUUGAUAUUUGAUUUAAUAUAAGUAGAAGAAUUUUUGAAAUAGUGGAAUUAAUAUUAUUAAUAUAAUCCUUGAUAAUCUUGUCUCUGGUGGAAGCUGUUUAUACUAACUUGAAUUUUUUACAUUAAUGUUUUUAAUCAUUCCUAUUGUAUUUACAAUUAUUGCAUUAUUGUACAAGUCUCUUUUCUAAUGCAAAUAAUGUAUGUUUUGUUAAUUAUGAUUUUGUGUUUUAUACGUCUUUUUGAAUAUUUUAAAUUGCAUUUUCAUUACAUACUUAUUUCUAUAUAGUGAAUUUUAAUUAAAUGCUUAUAUUAUACAAUAUUUAUUAUUUAUGCAUAUAAAUUCUGUAACCAAAAAAAUAUUGUUACUUAAAGGUAAAUAAAGUGCAUUUGUUGGUUUGUCUGUU